UGUGCACCCGCCACCGAGCAAGCAAGGCCAACGGCCAGCCUUAUCUACUGACCGCACCGCCCUGCGGCCGUUCCGGCGCGGCUACCCUCACCGCUUGCGUCAUCGCGUCUUCUCCCUCCGUAUAAAUACGCGGCAAGCCACGCCCGCUCUGCCUCCACGACCACAUCGUUGUUCACCAGCUCACUAGCUCGCCUGCCACCGUCAUCAGCCUCACUACCUUCCAGAAACAGCUUGUCCUGAGCCUUGGGCUGUUGCGCGAUUUGCAUAGGCGAACAAUGCCGGCCAUGGAGGAGAUCUCGGCGGCGGCGCCCGAGCCGCACUUCUUGGUGGCCACGUACCCGGCGCAGGGCCACAUCAACCCGGCGCGCCACCUCGCACGCCGCCUGCUGCGCGCCACGGGGGCGCGGGUCACCGUCUCCACGGCCGUGUCCGCGUACCGCAAGAUGUUCCCCGGCGCGGUGGCCGACGAGGAGGCGGGGGAGGGCCACCAGGACGCCGGGGGCGUGUGGUACGUGCCAUACUCCGACGGCUACGACGCGGGGUUCGACAGCGCCGUCCACGACCACACGCACUACAUGUCCCAGAUCAAGGUCGUGGGCUCCCGCACGCUGGCGGGCGUCCUCGACCGCCUCCGCGACGCGGGGCGCCCCGUCACGCGCGUCGUCUACACGCUGCUGCUGUCGUGGGUGGCCGACGUCGCCCGCGACCACGGCGUGCCCGCCGCGCUCUACUGGAUCCAGCCGGCCACCGUGCUCGCCGCCUACGUGCACUUCUUCCGCGGCACCGACGGCGUUGACAAGGCCAUUGCCGCGGCGGGGGGUGACCCCUGGGCUACCGUCCGCGUGCCGGGGCUCCCACCCCUCCGCAUCCGCGACCUGCCGUCGUUCAUCACCAUCACCUCCGAGAAUGACCCCUACGCCUUCGUGGUCACCGCGUUUCGCGACCUCGUCGACGCGCUCGGCCGUGAGGACAGGCCCACCGUGCUCGCCAACACGUUUGACGCCAUGGAGCCUGGGGCGGUGGCGUCGCUGAGGGAGCACGGCCUCGACGUGGUCCCCGUCGGCCCCGUGCUCUCCUUUCUCAACGACGCUACGGCUGCCGGCGCCAAGAACGGCACCGCGCCGCCGUCCGACAACGACCUGUUCAAGCAGGACGGCAAGGGCUACCUCGAGUGGCUGGACGCGCAGGAGGCCGGCUCGGUUGUGUACAUCUCGUUCGGGAGCCUGUCGGUGAUGAGCAAGCGGCAGAUCGAGGAGGUUGCGCGCGGCAUGGCUGAGAGCGGCCGGCCGUUCCUGUGGGUGCUGCGUAAGGACAACCGCAGCAUCGAAGACGGCGGCGAUAACGACGCCACCGCACUCGGCGGCGAGCGCGGCAUGGUGGUGGAGUGGUGCGACCAGGUGAGGGUGCUGUCGCACCCUGCUGUGGGGUGCUUCGUGACGCACUGUGGGUGGAACUCGACGCUGGAGAGCGUGGCGUGCGGCGUGCCCGUCGUGGGCGUGCCGCAGUGGACGGACCAAGGCACCAACGCGUGGCUGGUGGAACGGCUCGGCACGGGGGUCAGGGUCGCGGUGAGCGACAAGGACGGCGUGCUGGAGGCCGAUGAGCUACGGAGGUGCCUCGACUUCGCCACGUCCGAGAUGGUGCGCGCCAAGGCCGCGAUGUGGAGGGAGACGGCGCGCGCCGCCGCGGCGGAAGGCGGCUCGUCGGAGAGGAACCUCAGGGCGUUCGUCGCGCAGCAGGUGGCCGCCGGCAAUUAGCUGGUUUGCGACGUCGCAUGCAUUGCUCUCCGCAAAAAACAGCUGCCAAGUAGAAUGGAGUCCACAAGGACGUAGUAUUGUAUUAACGCUGCUGCCAAUCUUGAUUCGAUUUGAUUAAACGCCGCUCUGGUAACUAUUUGGGAAAGAAAGAUCAAAUUAA